GAUGGGGCACUGGAUAAGACGGCUCUCACAGACGAUGUGGGGAGCGAGGAGGACCUGUACGAGGACUUCCGGAGCUCCAACCACCGCUACGGCCACCCUGGGGGAGGCGGAGAGCAGCUUGCCAUCAACGAGCUCAUCAGUGAUGGCAGCGUGGUGUACGCAGAAGCCCUCUGGGACCAUGUCACAAUGGAUGACCAAGAGCUGGGGUUCAAGGCUGGUGAUGUCAUUGAAGUAAUGGAUGCUACCAACAAGGAGUGGUGGUGGGGAAGGAUUCUGGACAGCGAAGGCUGGUUUCCUGCCAGCUUUGUACGGCUGCGAGUGAACCAGGAUGAACCCAUGGAGGAUUAUCCCCUGAAGGUAGAAGGUGGCAAAGAGGACGACUCCAGCAGUGGCACCCGCCGCUUCGGGAUGGGGCAGACCACCAAAGAUCAGAUGAGGACCAAUGUCAUCAAUGAGAUCAUAAGCACAGAGAGAGACUACAUCAAGCACCUGAAGGACAUCUGUGAGGGUUACAUUAAGCAGUGUCGCAAAAGAGCUGACAUGUUUACAGAAGAACAGCUGAAGACAAUCUUUGGGAAUAUUGAGGACAUCUACAGGUGCCAGAAGAAAUUUGUUAAAGCACUAGAGAAGAAAUUCAACAAGGACCACCCACAUUUGAGUGAGGUCGGCUCCUGCUUCUUGGAAUAUCAAACCGAGUUUCAGAUAUACUCCGAAUACUGCAACAACCACCCCAACGCCUGCAUGGAGCUGUCCCGCCUCACCAAAGUCAACAAGUACGUCUACUUCUUUGAGGCCUGCCGCCUGCUGCAGAAGAUGAUCGACAUCUCUCUGGAUGGGUUUCUGCUGACUCCUGUGCAGAAGAUCUGCAAAUAUCCACUGCAACUGGCUGAGCUGCUCAAAUACACCAACCCCCAGCACAGGGAUUUCAAAGAUGUCGAAGCUGCCUUAAAUGCCAUGAAGAACGUUGCUCGGCUCAUCAACGAGAGAAAGCGGCGGCUGGAAAACAUCGACAAGAUUGCUCAGUGGCAGAGCUCGAUAGAAGACUGGGAGGGUGAAGACGUCCUGGUCAGAAGCUCAGAACUCAUCUAUUCCGGGGAGCUGACCAAAAUCUCUCCCCCUCAAGCCAAGAGCCAACAGAGGAUGUUCUUCCUCUUUGAUCACCAGCUGGUCUGCUGUAAGAAGGACCUUUUGCGCCGGGACAUCCUGUAUUAUAAGAGCCGGAUCAACAUGGAUGAUAUGGAAAUACUGGAUGUAGAAGAUGGGAAGGACAAGGACUUCAAUAUCAGCGUGAAAAAUGCAUUUAAGUUGCACUGCAGAGACACCGAGGAAGUCCACCUCUUCUGUGCAAAGAAGCCCGAGCAGAAACAGCGCUGGCUGAAGGCAUUUGAGAAUGAGAGGAGACAGGUUCAGCUCGACCAGGAGACAGGUUUUUCAAUCACAGAGGUGCAGAAAAAGCAGGCAAUGCUGAAUGCCAGCAAGCAGCACCACAGUGGGAAGCCUAAAGGUGAGAAGAGAUGUCCUGUCACCAGGCCCUACUACGACUUCCUGAUGCGGCAGAAGCAUCCCACCCUGCCCACCACGCUCCCUCAGCAGCAAGUCUUCAUGCUGGCAGAGCCCAAGCGCAAGCCCUCGAACUUCUGGCAGAACAUCAGCAGGCUGACGCCCUUCCGGAAAUAA